GUAAUGGAUGACCUGUUACAUAAUAAGUCGUGGCCUGAUUCUGGCAACUUUCCUAGGGUUACACUAUGCGACUUUGAAGUUAAAGUGUUAGGUAAUGUUCAUCGGCAUACAGUACAAUGUGUAUUGAUGAUAAAUAUGUUUAACGAAAAAAUCUUCUUAUUUUUAUGGUUUUGGUACUUCUUAUUAGCAGCUGCAACAAUUUGCUCACUAUUUUACUGGAUUUACAUAUCGGUUGUUCCCAGCAGACAACUGAACUUUGUUGGAAAAUAUUUGACGGGAAUUGAGGGUUACAAAAUGGUGGAUUCACAAUCGUUACGACGUUUUGUGUUCCAUUUUUUGCGUGAAGAUGGCGUCUUUUUAUUGCGUAUGGUUGCAACACAUGCCGGUGAAUUGCCAUGCUAUGAGUUAGCCAAAGCUCUAUGGAACAAAUACUGUGACAACAAGGAGGGUAAAAUGCAUGACGUCUAA